AGAGCUGCUCGAUCAGUUGACAUGUGGCACGAAUAGGCUUCCUGUUUAUUCUCUGUGCACAAAUUCAAACAACACAAUUCAGCUUUUGCAGAGUAAUUUGAGAUAAAGAGAAGCAUUACAAUAUGGGAGCAUCCUCCUCUGGCUUGUUGGAUGAGGCCAAAAUCAGCCACGUCAAAGGUCUCGUUGACAACACGUUCCAGAGCUUCAGUGAGUUUUACCGUCAGCAGUAUUCUGUCGCCUACUUGGGACAUUUACACCAGGAGGUGGAGCCUAAGAAAGAGGGGAGGGGCCUGUUGCUCAAACACAGGCCUCAGUGUCCUCCAGAAGAGGUGUUGUAUCAAGGGCCGGCUAAGUUCUCCUGCUGGGAUGAGCAGGGAAAGAAAUGCAAAGAGAGAUACGUCGUCCUGAGGAGAGACUACAAAGUGGAGAUACAUGACAGCUUGGAGACGUUCAAUCGUGGAUGUGCAGCUAAGUUGGUCCUCCAGCCAGCAGGAGGCAACGUGUUCACCACAGAGGAGGCGUCCAGGGCUCACCUGGAGAAAACCUGUGCUGCAAUACUCAAUGGAGCGAAGGAGGAUUCUUCUUCGGCGGUGUCAUCUCCAGAUGUGUUUGCUGUGUAUCUGCACCCGGCCUACAUGGGCCACAGCUGCUUCCUGUUUCAACAAGAGGAGGGACGACGUCAGUUCCUGUCUGGCCUCAAGACCUGCAUCCGACACCGCAGCCUCGACCCCUGGUGUGAUCCGUCCCACGAGACUCUGGCGUUUGCCCGAGCGCUCCGACUCUACCGGCAGGACAAAGGCUGCUAUGAAUCCUGGGAAAUGCUGCAGGGCACCGAGGAACAAGUCCUGGCCUCCCAGGUGAUGGAGGAAGUGUUGCCGUGGUUACAGAGUCAGCUUCAGUCCAGGGUGAAGGGCAAGAAGACUGAGAGGAUACGACUGUGGCUGGCGACGGUGCAGGCGACCUACACGCUGGUUCUGGAGCAGCUGACUGCAAGUCUCGAGGUUCUGAGGGACGAGUGUUGCAAAACAGCAUCAGCCAAUCAGGCGCUGAUCAGAUCCAACCUGGACCAGAUAAUGUCCUCCCACUGCUUCCUGGAGCAGAAAGUCAGAGCGUGCAUCAGUGAAGAAGCAGAGAAAGCGUGCAGCGAGUCCGUGGCGCCGUACAUGUCGUCCAUCCUUGAAGCACUCACAGAAAACAUAAGUUCAGGGAUCGUCGGGAUGCGGAAGACUCUGCACAGUCAGAUGGAUUCAGCCUUUUCACACACAAACGGAGGGACAGAAGACACGAAGAAGGCGUUGUCCAGCCUGAGCUCCAUCAGUCUGGAUCAGAGCUUCAGGCAGGUGGAGAAUCUGACAGAGAAACUUGAAGGCUUAAAGCAGCGGUUUGGACUCAGCAGCGCUCAGAGGCUCAUUCACUCUGCACAUCUGGAGAUGGAGCAGCUGCUGGACAGUGCUGUCUACACCUUAGAGCAGUUCCUUCAGUCGUCAGCCAGACUGCAGCCUUCACAGGUUCCUGUCACGUUGGACAAAGCCAAAGAAAGAGUGCUCAAGCAGCUGGACUACGACAGCAGAGUGGUCCAGAGGAGGCUCUAUGAAGAAGCUCUGCUGCACAUCACUCUGCCUUCUCUCAGCAGGAGGAUGGACACCAAGUGGAAACCUGAGCUGCAGCAGUUCGAGCAGUACAUUUUCUCAGACUACAGCAGCUUCAUCCUGGUUCAUAACGUCUACGAUGAUAUUCUGAGAAACAUCCUGAGUAAAGAGAUAGAGACAGUGGUCCAGGACGCUGCCAGUAAGAAGAGCAACAACCUCCUCCUGGACACGUCAGAUCUGGCCAUCAGUCAGUACAGUCUGCUGGGACAGACGCCUCCUCGCUCUGCACCGGACAGUCCGGCCAAUCAGGCUCGAAGCUUCUCAUCCUCAGCACCACCUGACGACAGCCAAGAAACUGCUGCUGUGGUGGAAGAUAAAAGUCCGACUGAACCUGAUGCCGAUACCAAAUCUAAGCCCGGUGACAGUCAAAGCUCUGAGCAGAGCAUCAAGAUUGUUUCUCCUGUGAUUGUCGUGACGCAACAGUUUGAUGAAGAAGCUCCACAGCUCAAGGAAGCCGGUGACUCUCCUGAUCCACCUCCUCAGGUCUCAUCCACAGACGUCCAAGCUGGAUGUGAUGAAUCUGCAGUACCUGAAAAUCCCCCUACGUCUGACGUCUCAACCUCAGAUCAAAUAUCAGAGGAGCCUCCGUCCAUCCAGGAUCCUUCCCCAUCACCUCAACCUGGUGCAGACAGUGAACUGAAAAUCAGCCUUGGCUCUCUAACGGAGGCGAUUGGUUGCAGCUCCACAGAGUCUCCAGUUCAGCAGAUGAAGCCACAGCAGACCACAGAUCGAGCCAUUUACCUGAGAGGAGAAAUUAAAGACAACUGGGAGGUGGAGAGGGUGAAGGAGAAACAGAAGGAGGCAGGAGAGAAAGAGGGAGAUGAGAUAACCACAGAGGAGAAAGAAGAGGUGACGGAGUGUGAAGGAGGCGAGCCUGACGAUGACGGCUGCAGUUCCUCUGGAUCACCAGCAGAGAGCGCCACUGUCUCAACCACAGAGCAUGAAGGGAGGCUGAAUGAGGAGGAGACGGGCAGCGAGGUCAAGAGUGAGACCAGGAGAAAAGAUGAGGGGGAAGGAGAUCAAGAAGAAGAGGAGAAGGUGAAGGAGGAAGUCCCACAAAGCUCUCAGCCAAUAGAGUCGCAGCCAGAAAGUGCUGCUGAGCUGCCAUUGGACAGUGUGGCUGCCAUCAGAGAACUUGUGACUGAGAUCACUGAGGUGGAGACGUUAGUCAGCCCUUGUCCAGCAGAAGCAUCACCCUCUGACAUCAGUGACAGCAUGACAACCGCACAUCAUGACUGAAGAAUCUUAUUUUAAAAUUAAACAAAAAACACACGAUAGGAUUUUAUUAUCUGGUACAGAAACAGAGGGGAACACAGAAUGAGAGUUGUACUUAUGUCAUUUUAAGGAAGGCAAAAUUUAAGUUUUUUUUCCAUUCUGCAGAUUUUUUUUUCUUUUAUAAAAACCUAAAACUCUUUUUUUAAACUUUAGCUGUUUAUAUAUGCAUCUUUCUUAAUCAACACUGAAGUGACCCAAUAAAGAUGUUCAACUAA